GUACAAAAUUAAUGACAACAAUUUUCACUAUUUGUUUGGAUGGUUUGGAUGGUCUAUUAAACUGCUUGCGCGCAAGCGAUCUUUGUUCGUGCAUAAAGAGUAGAUCAGCGAAUGUCUUCGUUGCGUUGGGUUUGAUCCUUUAACACAUAGACGCACAUCGGCAGCAUGAUACCAUCGUUAGAAAUACCGACAAGAGAUGGUGAGCAAGACAGAGAAGGAGAGACAAAGAAAGAGCGAAAGAGAAAGAGAGAGAAGAAUGGGAUGAAGAAAGGGGUUUGGACACAAUCCAACACCACAUAACAAUCCACACCAUCAAAUGUGUUGUCUGCAAUCAUCUGGUGGCUGAAAGAUUGUGUGCUGAAAAUGUCAUUUAAAAGAUGGCCACAAACAAUGCGGCGUGUUGUAUCUUGUCAACACUGAGAAUCCUAACUCGUGAUGGGCACACAUACAGGGAAAGGCGUACAGACGGGCGCGAGUAGAGAGUCAAAGAAAACCCAUUUUGCUUCGCGCCGCUAUUUCACCGCCGCAUGUCGCAAAUUGUCGGGGGAACGGAUGGGUGGUGGUAGAACAUUUUGAGUUGAUCGUAAUUAGAAGAGUAAGAACCACAUCAUCCCAAACAGCCAAACACACACACACACACACGCACUCAAACACACUCGCAAACGCUACACGCACGCUAAUGUGUAGUAGUUCGAGUGCGUGGUGUGUCCUUCUCCGCACGGGAGAAGGGAGGGAUGGAUGGAUUUCUUUUUGCGUUUGUCGUUUAUUAGUGUUGCCAGUUUGCUUCGCCCUGCAAAACCGGUGGGGCACCGAUAGUCCGUGCCCCAUCGAACAUGGUGGUACGAACGAUCGGUGGCGAUCGGUGUGCGGUGGGGAACAAACUUUGCGCGACCGAAACAGUAAAGUGAAAUUUCUAAAUUACUAAUCAAAGCCGGCGGGAAAAUAAUAGGGGCUUGCCAGCAUGGAUGGUGUGUAGUCGUGGUUUGUAGGGUGGACCUUUUUCACCUUUGCAGCGCUAUGUCUCAAUCAGACAGGGAAAACAUGGUUCGAUGAGGAUGCGCACCGUAUAAGAAGAAGAGUUUUAACGAUUGUUUCACUCGUUUUGUUUAUUUUGUUUCGAGUUUUUGCAACAUGUCAUGUUUUAUAUGUUUAUAUUUAUCUUAAUAUUAAUUUGAAUGUUUUCGUUCUUUUCUCUUGUCAACUUUUCUGUUUUAUAUUGCUUUUCUUAUUUUCUUGUUCUCUUUAAUGAAGUUACUGUUUUAAGUCAUUUUUUAACUGCUUGUUUUUGGGUUUGUGUGAAAGUCUUUUUCUUCACCUCUUGCAUGGUGUCAUCAAAUCCUCAUGUAUGCCACUUUUCCCAUGAAUAUCGUGAUAAAAAGGAUGCAUGUAGUAAAAGCCGAUCGAGCAAUAGCAUCCUUAAACGUGUACGAGUUGUAUUAUCACAUUAUUAGCAAAGCCAAACCAAAUAAGACAAACAAAACUAUUAAAAACACUCACACAUCCAGAUCGUUCACGAGCCGGCUGCAAAGGAGCCCGUUUUGUAUCAUAUAAAGUAGAAUUUAAACACACAUAAUGCACAAAAGAUUACCUACACGAAGUUACACGAGCCGUAGAACUACACCCAAACUAUGAAUUCAACCAAAUUCUCCCUGUGAAAUCUGUGCUGGAAAAUCUGGAAUCUAUGAAACCAUCAGAUGAAACUUACUUGAAAAUCCUUAUCAAAACUAGUAAAAUGGGUGUAAAAACCAUAAAAAACGAAAAAAAAACACUGUAACAGCUGAAAGAACUUCCCAAUCUAGCAACAACAACCAAAAAAAUGGGGCAAAAUGUGAAGCAAAUGCGCAUUACUAUCACCAGCGGCAUUGACUGUGAUAUAUAAAGCAAAAUGAAAUAUUAUUAAAACAAAACCGUUAAAACUAGCCAAAACAAAUGCCACACUCUAGCAUCGGGAAGCCACUCGCUGGGCUGCCAACUGAGGUUCUGGAACAAAUUGAAGGAAAUACACAAACCUGGUUCUACCAUCUGAAAUAGAUAAAGCUUUCCAAUAAGAUCGCGAAAAAUGUCAAAUGAAACGGAAAAUCAGUGAAGCAAAAACUGAUCAUUCAAAUUGUGCUAAAGUGCAAUAAAAUUCAUUUGCGUUGGAUUGAGGUUAUUCACUAUAAACUGAACCAGUUGGCACAAUCAAUCGGGUCGAGCACAAAAGCAUUAGAAUGUCAAAUAAAUUGAGGAAAAGAUUUAAUAAAAUUAUUAUUUAAAUGGUGCUCUAGCAAUCAGUAAGAUUAGUUUGAAUAUAUUGUUAAUACUAUAGCGAAAACUAAUUAUUUCAAGUACCAUCAUACGUUAGUUGAUCGUAGAGUGUGGAUAGUAUAACUUGAAUGUUUUUUUUUUUUGCAUUUAAUUCACUCAUAAACGUUUUAAAAUGCAUCGUUAAAUAAUUUCAUUGAUUUAAUUUCUGCUAAUGUUCAGAAUUUCAACGCGCCAGCAUGAUGGAAAGGAACUUAAAGUCGCAUUUCUUAUUAAAAUGUAACGAAUUCAAAAGUUUGAUACUCGAUCGUAAGAGUAAGGAACAAACGAAUGAAGGUCGGGAACGGCAAACCUUUAACCCUGUUAAUGCGCGAGAAGCAACUCCCAGAGCAGUAUGUUCCAGAGCUAGGCUAAAACGUUAAACGCAAAUUAAAUGCUGAAAUUAAAUUGCCAUCGAUUUGUGCGUAGCUUGCUGCAUUUUAUCACCGACAGGAGGAGACAAAAGAUAAUGUUUUAGCAGGAUUGUUUAGCUUUGUUUAAAUGUUCGUAGAUUACUGUGACCUAUAGUUUCUCAUACCUUUGCCCAUCCAGCACUUACCAUGCAGUCAGUAAACGGGUGAAGUAAGCUAAGGUCGAGUAGAGUAGUUGGUUUUGUGUAACGAUCACUCGAUCUUGACUAGGCGUGUUAUCCCGCUGGUGAUUUAAAGUUGCGUUACAUAUGCUAACCUGUUUGAGCUGAGUUCGUUUCCUAUUGCCAACUCACCUAUUAAGCUCAUUUGAUCGUUCAGAGUUUAUAGUCUAGUUUGGACGUGGUAAUUGUGUGGUUUUGCAGCACCGUCAGCUAAUUUAGUGCGUUUCGCUCGUCACCUUUUACCCGUUUACGCAUGCCCAUUUGCUACGCAUUUUGUUUCGACAUCACGCAAACGCAGCUCACUUUUCCACACUGUUAAUCGCACCUGUGCGCGUGCUUUCCUACCCCCACAUUUCAAAGCUGCACGGAAAAUAGCGCAUGUAGUUCUAGCUCGUGUAAGGUAGCGUGUUUGGGUGCAGUGUGCUGCUUCGAUGCUGCAGAUCUGGACGACUAACGCGCGACUGUGCGGGACACAAGAGGGACACACAUACACACAUUGACAAAACGUGAUAUAUAGUGGGGACGCGAAAUGCCCCACCCCGCCCCUUCAUUGGGUCUCCCGUGUUAGGGCGUAUAUAUGUUAGGGCGAAUUAAAAGCACGGUCGUACAGACACAAAACAAAAAUAAUAAUAAUAGUAAUUAUUAUAAUAAUACCUAGGCACGCGUUCAACGAUAUACAAACCGCGCAAUUUCCUAUCCAGUGCAGACCCGCCCUCGGAUGCUCAUAUUAUUUUGAGCAUCGCGAGCGACAAUCGGGACAGGGCGGUGUGUACAGCGAGUAAUUUCCCAAAGGCUCGUGUACGGUGUACACGAGCGGGGCCCCAAACUGGGGAGGGAGGGCGAGGGCGCCUCCCCUCUCCCCUAUAGCAUUUUCUGGCGUGUGCGUUUGUGUGAGUGAGAGGUAAUUCCACGACACAACACUAGCAAACCCACUCGUAAUGCAUACACUUUCAAUCAAUUAUGGAUAAAUAAGCCGAUAGUUAAUUCACAGUAAAUUAAAUUUACCCGGUCGGAUGGGAAAGGGGCAAAAGUGGAGACGUAUAAAAAUGGAAAGAAAAAGUAAUAAAAGUAAAUAUUAAAUAAAAUAAGACCGAGUGACAGAGACAAACGAGACAGCAACAGCUCCUUGACUACCCGGCAAAACAGUAUAGCAAAAGAGAAGCUGGCCCAUAAUAAUUAAUAAUAAAAAAAUAAAUUAAUAUUAAAAGUAAACAUAUAAAUAUACCUAUAAAACUAGUUAUACAUUACGCAUUACGCAUUAAAACCUAAUUAUAGAAAAAAAAACAAUGAAUUACUAAGGUAUAAUAAAAAAAAUCGUACCAUUGAGCGCUCCGUCGCACAUGGUCUUACAUCAACUGGCUGGUGGACGGUGGGGAAUUGCGGGCGCGAUCGGCAAAAGUCCUUGGUAGGUAGCUAAUCCUUCAGUUUUUUUGUACGGUCCGUCGGGCAACCCCCCGUUCCAAUACGAGCAAAUCGAGCGUUUUUGAGCGUGAAUUAUAGCACCCCCCCCUCCCCCUCCCACUUUCGGUGGACCGACUAGGACCCCCGCAGACCGCGCGGGCGGCCAGCCCAAUGAUCGUCCCGCGGGUACAGGGGUACCGAAAGGUUGCUGAAAUAUUUAAGAAAUUCUAUGAAUUUUUGCAUAAACAAGUAAACGUAAACUAAAAUUGUAAAGUUGAGCUAGCGCGUAAGAAACAUAAUCAAUUCUUUAUAGCAGGUACGGUGGUGUGUCGGGUCGAACGAUAGUAGUAAACCUUAAUUGAGCAAGAAAGGAAGAUACAGAAAGAGAGAAUAAGGGAGAAUGAGGGAGAGAGCGGGAUAAAGAUAGUUAUAUAUAUAAUGCAUAAGAAACCAAAUCGGAAUGAAAAUCCUUUCACUCACUAGAAUUAACUCCUAGACUAGAGAAGGAAAUUGAGUGCGAAACGGUGCCCUUUUUGCCAGGUGUAGCUCCCGUUAUACUAUUGACAGUGAGAGAGAGAGAGAGAGAGAGAGAAAAAAAAGGAAAACAAAAAUAAAUCCCAAGCAAAGAAAGUAUAGCUGACAGGCGGCUGAAGUACUCUACACAUACACAUUUAGUAGUAGAUAAGAAACGGGGUGAGAUAAAUGGAUAAAAACGAAGGACAACACACGAUACACACAAUGACGAUAUUGUUGAGUGAGCGAAAUUUUCGAAAAUUAAUCGUAUUACAAAUUAAAAACACAAAACCACACUCCCACACAUAGAAGCUGUCGGCCAUGAACGGUGCAAGUAAGCGAUAGUUUAGUAGACCGGUAGUAGGAAAAAUUCGAAUGAAUGACAGGGAUUAAGUCCCCCCCCCCCCAGAAUGGACACAAAACAAACUGCAAGAAAACAUUUCCCUUUCAAGUGUAAGAGGAAGUAACCAAAAAAAAUAAAACAAUUACAACCAAUCCCAGGAACGAAAUGAUGCACGGGAAUGCGAACGAAAUUACACAACUUUACUGUAUAAGGUUUGCUGAGUAUUGCAAGAGUUUAAAAUUUAAUUACCAAAACAAAAACCAAAUCAACUGAGAGCAUGAGAAUUACCUGCGAAAUUGUGUGCCAAGCUGAAAAACCGCGGCCAAACGGUACUGUUGUCUCUAGGGACCUGGGAAACAGAAAGCAGAGAGAGAGAGAGAGAGAGAGAGAGAGAGAGAGAUCGGAAGGGGGCCAAGGUUGGAAUGGCAUACAGUACGGUUCAGAUUUGGCCAAAUCGGCCCCCGCACACUGGGGAACGUGAGGGGCUUGGGAUAGGCAAAAUUUAAGUCAAUGAAUAUUCAAAAUUUAAAACCAGUAAGUAAACCAACUUUUCGCAUCUUAAACGAAAACACACACUCACAGACACACACACACACUUUGCAUCAUUUUCAUAGGCAAAUUUUGAAACCAAAACUUCUUCUCCUGCAAUGGAAAUUGCAGCACAGCACUGCGCCUCUUCUAAUUGCAAUCGUUUCAUCCAUUGCCAAGAAUUCGAUACAUUUUCCUACUUCAGCGAGUGAGUUUCGUCAGCGUCAUGCAGGGCAGGAGCAGGCGGUGUACAAGCAGAGAUAAAGUCAACGCAAGUUAAGUAUUAAAACAAAAAUCCUCAAAAAAGCAAAUGAAAAGCAAAUUGAGCAACUAAAUCCCGUAAUUUAAUCGAAUUUCUCCCUUAAGAGCCAACAAACGCACCAUUUAAAAGCGAACACAAACACACAAUCGGUAUGCAUCAACACAAACAAUUCUGGAAACACACACACACACACACACACACACACACACACACACACACACACACACACACACACACACACACACACACAGCAGCAAAUAAAACGACUCAGUUUAAACAUUUAGAGAGUCACUAACUGGCAAAAGUAACUGUAAGACAGGAUUAGAAGUGAACAGAAAGGUACUGGGGGCGGUGUAUAGAGAUAAUGUUCUUUUUCCUGUGAAUGAAACACGCACCACCACAGCUGCAACCCAACGGGGCGAUGAAUCCUUCUGCACAUGAUCCUUAAAAGAAACAAAAACAAUGUACCAUAUCAUUCAUUGGGAAUUAUUACAAUGUAAGUUUACUCGUGACGCGUGUACAUGUGUGCGUGUGUGUGUGUGUGUGAACUGUUACAUUUCCACACCGCACGAUUAGUACGAUCGCUACCAAAUGACCGAUUUCUAUCCCAACGAAAUGCGCACAAUGGAUAGCUGUAACCUGUCACCUUCCGGAUAGGGCUUCCUCUGUAGAUCGGUUCACCCACCACAUGCCCACCCAUCUUACUAGACUACCACAGAGCCACUGAACCCACACUGCUUCCCCUUCGCGCUGGUAACGCGCCAAGCAAACGAUACGUUAAGACGCCGCCUUCUUUCCCCGUAGGCUAGCUUCAUUUGACCACCGUUGUAAAUCGUACGUAAUUGAGUAACUGACUGAGGCUGAGGAAUUUUCAUCCCUUAUCCCACCCCGCCCCAAGCAGGUGUCAAACUUUAGCACAAGGACAGAAAACAAGGCGCAGAUAGUUUACCAUUGCUUUUUUUCCAUUGCCCAAUCGGUUUGUGAGUGGCUCCCACGGUGCCAGUAAGUUUCACCGCCAGAAUUGGAACGCCAUUUAUAUGUAGUAUAUACCACGUUCCCCGACCUUUUUUGGGUGAGGAAUCCGGUUGUCGGAGAGAGAGAGAGAAACAAACGGUGCGGAAAGGGAAUCAGAUGUCCCUCCCACCCUGGAUCAGGGCAGGAGCAGAAGAGAUAGGAUUAUGUAGAGUUUUUUAAUCACUCCUUGCUGGGUGAUGUUUUAUUACGUCCCAGACCGUAGCCGGUAACUGGCCGAACAAAUGGACGGUUUACUUUUUCAUACUUCCUUUCCUUCUUUCUCUCUCUCGGACUGACCGUUUUGGAUUUGGAAGAAGUUUAGCAUUUUGAUUUUGUUUUCAACCGAUUCCGAUUUUAAUAAACCACGCACAUACUUUGGUACAGUUUGAUACCAUCGGUAGCAUAAACAAACCCGAACAUUGCUCUCCCUAGCAAGCAGGCAUGUUGUGAAAAGCUCUUGUCAACCAUCCCUUCUCCACUGGUUAGUUCCAAACUUACAACGACUCCGGCACACAUCUUAAGACUUGCCAGCAGGAAUCAGAACAGGAAGCGAACGGUACACGUGAGUUAAGUGAGGGUAAAUAACUUAAUAAAAAAGAAAACCAAACUCUUACUUAUAAAGAUAUACCACAUGGCAGAGUUGCAACCACACACACACACACACAAACAUACACAAUACAUACAAAAACGUUCACACUCGAAUCCAAUUUUCUAUGCAGUUUACAUAAAUUUGAUAAAUGUGAAUAUUUUAAUUAGUGAAGAAGAAAACCCCCAUUUACCAAGAGGAUAAUGCAAAGAAGUAAAAUGACUUACCCCACUAGUAACGUACAGACAUGCACACAUGAAAACACGAACAGAAAUGCAAACAUCCAAACCAGGAAACCCCUUAUAAUGAGCGACAAAGGUAAAAACAUGGAGUCUUAAAAAAAUAAUUAAAAUCAUCCAAUUAAAUGUAAAGACAAGAUUGCUUACCAGAGAUAUAAAAUGAAAAGAAUGAAUAGAAAAGAAAGAUUUUUCUCUGAGGUAUAUUCGAAGUUGAUUUUCUUACUUAUUUAAUAAUAGGUUUGUGUUGUAUGAUUUAUUUAUAGAGUUUUUUGCUGUUUAUAUUGUGAAUUUAUUAUAAAAUGUCUAUUUUUUCUACCUACUUUGCUCAAUUUGUUUGUUAAUUUGUUUUAUUUUGUUUUACUAAUAUCACCUUCAUUUUUUCUAUUUGCAUCACACCUUUCAAACUUUCAUUCAAUAAUUUUUUUUAUAAUUUAUUUUAACUAAUUUUUUGUAUAAAGCAUGUAUUUGCUUCAAAUCUUCGCAUUUUGCCUUAUUUUAAUCAUUUCUCAUACACUCGACUGUAAAAUGUGUACGGAAAUGCAUGCACACGUUCAAAUGGUAACGAUUUUUAAAUGUUUCAACGACUCUUUGCACAACCCAAUAUUAGGUAUGCGAUUCCUAAAUCACACCUCUCAUUAUGAAUUCGGUUUCACUUCAUCAUGCCGUAAGAUUACUCCAUCUUACUAAGCAAUAAUUCAACGCAACAACAACAAAAAAAGUCCUUGAUAAAAUUUAAACGAAGUUAAACGGUAUUGGAAAUAUUCUCACCUAUUGAAUUAACGUAAACAUCAGCAAACACGGAACUACUUUCCACUGGGGAUGCAUACGAAAUAAGUAACAAAGCAAAAGCACACACAUAAAACCAAGGAUCAUAAAGUAAGAGAAUUGUGAAGAGAACUGACCAUUAGGUGAACGAGCAAUGGGGGGAAUUUAAGUAUUAAGAAAAAUUGCAACAAGCAAAAAAGGCAACAAAAAAAAAACAAAUACACACAUCCACACUAGAGCGAUCGUUUAAUUCCUCGUUUUCGAAUGCGAAGCAAGGCACCCGAAGCACGAUGAGCGUACAAUUUUCAUCACACAUUUGUAGAUAUGAACAUUGAACAAAUUAAUAAUCGAAUUACUAAUGUGACAAAACCAACGCAAUUGGGACUGGAUUGGGGACAAGGAUAGGGGAACACUAAAUCGCGAUGUAAAAGAGCAAGAACGAAAACGGGAAAUGGAACAAAAUAAAAUGCCAAAAUAUCAUAUUAGAACACAAACUCUACUACUGGUACUGCCAUUGGUGUGCAAGAGAUCUGACACUGAAUAUCUGACACAAGGGGUAGCGCCAGACGUAAAAGGGUUCGUGCGAUUAUCUCAAGUUUUCACACACGAUUCUAGCGAUUUCCUUUCAGCCAAAGGACGUACGAUGAAACAUUGGUACUUACAAGAAACAGGCCACCCCAAAGGGGCAGCAGCAGACAGGAAUACACCAUCUAGCAACCAAACAAGCAGCCCAGUGAAUCAUGAGUGAGUCAUCGGCAUCUGACCCGUUCGGCGACAGUAAUUGAAUUGUUCUCUCGUUCUGACGGUACGUUUGAAAAAAUCUCUUAGAGGCAAAGCAAACUGGGUCUCCCCCGUGAGGCGAAUGUGAUUUUGUACAUAUUAAACCAAAAAAAUCUUAGGAACUCAGAAAAGAAAUCAUAAGCAGAGUAUAUAGCGUAGCCGUGGCAAACCAAAAUUGGAAAUGGAGUCGGUUCGGCCACUACGGAAACGAAGAAAAAGGGAUUCGGUUAGAUAAGGUGUGGCAAUGGCACACAUUAAAACAAACCACCACAACAACAAAGAAAACCCCCCUUAAACAAGUACGUUACUCACACAUCUACAAGAUCUACAAGAAGGAGUCGCUGGGAUAUUUCAAAGAGGUUAAAAACUACCAAUAAAAUACCAGUUGAAAACGGUCGAGCGCGCACCGGAUCAGGUUUGGGCAUCACUCAUUUCCAACCUUCGAAUGUCAAUCGUUUCGUACGUCAAAGAGCAUUCAAGCAGCGAGUAGAAGCAAAGCAAAACGGUUUAAGCAAAUUUUGCAGAGUAAAGUAUUUAAACUAUCUUAUCGACAAACAGAAAACACGACAGAACAAAACAACAGGAAAUAUAAAUAUAAUGCAAAAGGUUUCGUUGCAAAAAAAUGAGAGAAAACGAGAAGUGAAAAAUAUUAAUUAGGUCCCCCGUCACAACCCACACUCCCAUAAACGCCACUCGUAAACACACGGCAGAUCAGCGGCAUACAAAACAGUUCCCAUGCAUCCGGUACAUAGGCGUGUUGCGUCUCGAAUAGCUAACAGAAAGUAAACAGGUUUUGUUACAUUAGUGUAAAAUAUCAAGGAACAAUAUUACUUAUCUAACAUAUGAAAACCAAACAACAAAAAAAACAGACAUCUGACACUGGUUCACCAUAUCAGUAUGAGCAGUAAGCUAAAUGAAGACCACACAGGCUAGUGCAGGCCGUUUGAUAGCUAAUAGAUAUUUUUCCUACUCUCACUGUCAAUAAAAUAGAUCACACAAUCACAAGGUUGGAUGCGUAAACACAACAUAAAAGAAUGUGUGGCAAACAAAACAUACAAGAUAAAGAUGAAAUAGUAAAUGAAGGGACAAAUAAAAUUAAAAUUUUUUGCUAUACAAAACACCGGUUGAGCAAUAGCAAAGUACGUUAGAUAAUAUGCAGAGAAAUAAAACCGAAGAAAAAGAAGAUUCAACUGAAAGAAGUAAAGAUAAAUUACAGAAACAGAGAAGAAAAAACAAACAUACCUUACUUAUGCAAAUUAAAAACCACCUGUAAACAGAAAAAAACAACAAUAGUAAAUAGCACCGCAGCAUCAAAAACCGAACACACUAGUUAAGAGAAGUAGAACAAUCCUAUCAGACAUCCGCAAAUGAUCCGGUAAAAUCGAGGUGUGUUUUUCGAAAAAUGAAAUGAGAACAAAAACAACACUCAAACAAACAAAUAUAAACAACGCUGGAAUUAACAUACCAAAACGGACAAAAUACAUACAGAUUAUUAUCAAGGAUGGGGCGUCACAGUGGGAGAUGACGAAUGAAUGGUUUGCAUAUUUUUGUGUAACAUUAUUGUAGCUCAAACAUUGUGUAUUCUUUACGUAAAACAGCGGGGACGGAUUUGCGUCAGAAACACUAGUUUUUAUUGAUAUUUUUUUACGGACUGUUACUUAAACGUUAUGAUAUAUGUAAUGAAUGAAUUAUAUGGAGCGUGCGAUACACGAUAGUGAGGGAGUACAACCGAUCUUAAAUCACUAAUCGCAACAGCAAGCAAAUCUGUACGAGAUUUAUACUCGAAUUCAAUUCAUAAAUAGCCAAAUUGUUACAAAAACUCCCACUCGAAGCGAUUACACUAGACACUUACUUGCGUUACGGAUGCAGUGCAGUGUAGACAGGAAAUUAAGACCCUGGUGUGCAGGAAGAAUGGCAAUACAGAAACAGCAGUGUGCACGAACAAGAACCAAUAGUAAUUGCUAUGUCGAAAAUGGAUU